AUGCGGCUAUCCUUUAUCACGCAUUUUGGCGCGUUGGUAAUUUUGUUACAUUUAAUAAUUGGCACUGGUGCGGAAUGGAAGAAUCUUAUCGAGGUGAAAGUGCCAGAAGGAAAACCGGAAGAUUACGUAGUUUACAGACUACCGUUUCCCACUAAAGGAGAGGAGUACAUGCUAUUUUACGCACAGAAAGGGGACGCGCUUGACAAGGUCGGUUUAUUCAAGGUCUCUAAAAUUGGUGUUAUCACAACUGUUCAACCUUUGAUUUACGAGAAGGGAAAACCAAACGAGUACGAUUUGACCGUAGUUCGAAGGUCUUCCAAAGAGACAGAUGGAGGCCUGGCGACAACAGUUCGAGUGAUGGUAGAAGACGUGAAUAACUUCCCGCCAGUUUUCACAUACAGUCUCUACAAUGGUUACGUCAAAGAAAAUUCUCCAGAGGGAACUGUGGUAAUGGGCUUGGAAAAUUGCUAUGCUGAUGACCGGGAUACCUCAGGUGUAAGAGAUUACAAAAUAAUAAAAGGAAACGAGAAAGGUUAUCUUAGGGCUGUGAAAUAUGACGUUGGUGAGCACAGUUUUUUACAGCUAAAGGCAACCAAUCGACCGAUCAAGCGAGACGCGAAAAAACCUUUUUUGACGUUGACUGUUGAAGCAGAAGAUAUGGGCAAUCCGCCAAAAACGUCACAAACCACAAUCGAAGUGUUAAUUGAAGAGGUGAACGAUUAUGUUCCUGUAUUUGAUAAAAGCAGCUACAAACGAGAAAUAAGCGAAGAUACUCCUAUUAUGAUGCAAAUUCUCAGUGUGCGAGCAACAGACAAAGACCAAGGAAUUAGCGGUCAGGUUUAUUAUUUCUUCCAAACAUUGUCGAGUUAUUUUACGGUAAACGCCUUUACAGGUGCCAUUACGCUGGUGCGUGAAUUGGAUUAUACACAGGCAGACCAGCGAGUGCACCGGUUGACUGUCAUCGCACGGGAUGCAGGAACACCCAGUAAACAGUCCACGGCUACUGUUACCAUCACUGUUCCCGUGGAUAUUUCCAACUUCCCUCGCCCGGCUUCCACGACUUCCAACCAAGAAAAUGCGGCACCAUUUUUUCCUAGAGCACCGUACCACUUUACACUUCACACAUCGUUUCCCAUCAGGGGUAGUCUUGGUGUUAUUUUGGCAGUGGAUGAAGAUCCACCGGGAUCCAACAGUGCUCUUCGUUAUGCGCUGCAAAAUCCGUCUGGCGAUUUCACUCUAGAUUCCAACAGCGGUGUUCUGACAGUUAACAAGGAACUCGACGCGAAGACAUACAUCUUUUCGGUAAAGGCUGAAGACCAGGGUAACCCACCGAAAAGUGCUGAGGCACAAGUUAAAAUUGAAGUCGAAUCCAUAGAUAAUCCAUUCAACCAUCCGACCUUCAGCAAUCCUAUACAAGUAAUAACAGUCCAAGAAAAUACUAAAAUUGGCACAUCUGUGUUCACAGCAUCGGUAGUCUCCGACGCGAGCACGGACAAAGGAGUAGUAUAUUCGGCAAUCUUCGGUUCUGCGCUGCCAUACUUUGAACUGAACGAAGAUACGGGUGUAUUGAAGACGGCCGCAGCACUCGAUCGAGAAAAGCAUGGCAUGUAUGAAUUAAUGAUAGAAGCAAGGAACAAGGAGGAAAUUCCACGCCAUUGCCAUCUGUUUCUGAUAAUAAAAAUCGCAGAUGAGGACGACUCAUACCCUGAUUUCUCCAGGCCAGUUUAUAGCGCUAGUGUACCGGAGAAUAGCCAAAUCGGUACUUUUGUCACAGUCAUCCACGCAAUUGAUCAAGACAAUCCUUCAGUAUCUUACGACCUGUCCAUAUCGUCCUUUGAAUUUCAAAUAGAGGCAGGAACUGGAGUAAUCAGGACGAAAAGAAAGCUCGACCGAGCAAUUGGAGACAGGAAAUUUCUCCUUCAUGUGACAGCAAGUGACGAAGGGGGAAAGACUGCGCACGCGAAUGUGGACAUCAAUGUGACCAGCGCACACGAUUCUAGUCCAAAGUUUGCUCUGGAAAAGUACCAGGCCUCACUGCGAGAAAAGCAGGGAAUGGUUCCUAAUUUGUUGUGCAUAGCUGCGACUGGAAGUAACGGCCCAGUGACAUAUUCGAUCAAAUCGGGAGCCAAUGAAAGAUUCACCAUCAACGAGAAUACAGGUAAAAAUUUACCAUGCCUUGAUUAGGUUAACCUAGUUGAGAAACAACCUCUUAAAGAUCAACAAAUUUCAAAGUCACUAAAUCUGCUACAAUUUAUAUCAUGUUUCGCGAAAACUCCUCAUCUUUCUAUUGCCUCCAUAGAGCUUAAAUUUUUAUUUUUAUUUUUAUAACAAUCAUUUAACUGUUAACAGACCUACCAACCUUGAAUUAGUAUAAUGUGCAUGUGGAUUGAAUGCCUUAAAACCAAAAGUAUGCUAAUCGCUAAGGUUACUUACUUAACUAAGUAAACAAGGAUUGCUGGCAUCAAGCACAAGAAAAUGCGAGUGACGAAAAUGAUAAGCGAUUGGUUUGAAUUUGGCAUCUGAUUGAUUGAGAAGUUAGCCCGACUGACUUAACUUACCACAAGCGGUUUAGAAGCAAGAAAAAUUGAAAUAACUUACCACUCAGGUUCACGCUUAACUUAAUUAAUGAAACUAAAAUGAGUCGCAGUGCCCAAAUAUGAUUUUCAUAACAUAAUGGCAAGCUCCUAGUUGACUUGUCAGCUCAGUUGGUAGAGCGCUGCACCGGUAUCGCAGUGGUCACGGGUUCAAAUCCCGUACGGGCCUAAAUCUUUUUCAGGCCUUAUUUCAACUACUAGUUCAGUAGUGUUCAUAACUGCGAGGAUCGCUUAUAUUCGAUGAAUCUCAGCUGUUACUCAUUAUGCCCCACCCAAUGAAAACUACAGAAUUCUGCAAUUAAUUGUUGGCUUUUUUAUUUUGAUUAGAAUGACAUUGAACAUGAUCAACCUAAAAGCGAUUCCGAAAAAAUUCUAUCAUCUUCUAAUUGAGGUAUAAUUAUCGUUUCAUAUCAGAGACCAAAUUUGUAUCUUGAGGCAACAAAAUGUAUCCUAACAAUCCGAGAGAGGGGAGCACUUAGACGUUGUAAAAGUAGUCGCCAUGAGAUUGCGAUAUUUCAAUAACAUCCAAAGCACUUGACGAAGAAUGUUUUAAGAUAAAACAGAAGAACAAAUCAAAACCAAAUUAGAAAAAAAUAGUGACAAUUAAUAUGGUCUUUCUCUUAAGGUACCGCAAUAAAAAAGAUUAACCUGAAAAUAUCGCGUGUUACUGAAAAAAGAAUGAAAUUUAAUUCUCGUUGCGACUUUUCAAAAUUGGUAGAAAUGAGCGCUGAUUUCAUAAAAAGUUAAGCACUUCACAAGUCAGAAAUAUCAAUGUAAAAAAUCCAAGAUAACCUAAAAAAAAAAACAAACAACCCAAAGACAUUUUACAUAUGCAAAUUGGGUCAUAGCUUAGUUCUCAUGGACAGUUGGCGUACACUUAUAUCAAAUACAGCAGAUGACAAAGUAAUCUAGUUAACUGACGCUGAUUUGAAUAGUGGAUUUUGAUGAAAAGAAAUUACUAUGUGCUGCGUGAUGAGCCACAGGCGCAAUAAACAUGGCUAACUUAUUGAAAAUAACUGCGAAUAUAUUCAAAAUUAUCGACUUAAAAAGAGAAUUCAUUCUGCAUUUUCUGAUAGACAGAGGCCUUUCUUUUCAACCUAAACGCAAAAUCUGCCGACACAUCCCUUCGUCGAAUCGAUCCAUUGAGUGCAGGAGAACCAACAGAUUUUUAUAAAACGAAUAGCCAAGCAAAAAAAAGAUGCCGCAAUGCUGACUGUUUUGAAUUGACUGUGACUUCACUUCUCAUUUAUUGUUGAAAUUUCCCCUGCAGGUACCUUGUCAGUUCUAGAUUCCUUCGAUUACAGGACCGAGAAAGGGUAUGUUCUUACAGUCGUAGCCAAAGGCGAGAGCUCCUCAAAAACGUCGUCAACUGCAGUGACAGUGUCAAUUUCAAACGAUGACGGCCCGCCGGUCUUCGUUAAGAAAAGCUAUGAAGUUGUAACUCAAGAAAACGUUAAUGUUGGAACAGCUCUACUUGUCGCUGGUGAUGGAUUUCGUUUCUCCACCGACGGUAGGCCCGCAACCGAUUUUGUCUGUUCCCUAGAUGACAUCACGAGUAGGGAAAUACUGGAUCACUUUCAAGUGGAUAGAAUAGGUUACGAAUGUCACGUAAAAGUGAUUAAAAAUUUUGUUCAAGUCUCCAACCGAGAAUUCACUUUUCAAGUCCGCGUGACAGACAUCAAUCAAAGGAACCUGUUUGAUAAGGCUGGCGUGACGGUAAAAGUAACAGACACGAACGACUAUGCCCCCGAGUUCACGCAAUCCUCCUACUGGGUUUCCAUCGCCAGUGACACUUCCCUGGGAACCAGUCUAGUACAAGUGACUGUCUUUGACAGAGAUACCCCAGGAAAAACUGAGUUUGUUUUAGAGCUCUUAUCCGAGGGUGCGGAUGACAGGUGUGUAACUGUUUUAACAUAGACUUACUGGGAUAAUCAGAAUGAUACUCCUCAAUAUCUCUCAUAGGUCUCUUCAGAAGUUCUUCUGCAUCGAGCUGCAAGUGUCAUUUGGUAUUUCGCAGCCAUUUAACCUUUUACAACCCAAACUCGGUGUGCAUAUUCUUCACACUGUUCUCUAUAUGUUUACUUAGGCGCUGACAAGGAGAAUUUGUUUAGAAAUCACGAGGUUCUUUAGUUGGUGAUCAUCUUCUUUAUUCUCUUUACCUGAAUGUUUAGUUCAGGGGUGUUAUUUUAAAAAGAAAUUAAUACUUAGGGUUAAGAGGUUCGGUGCCGUAAUAUAGUGUAAUAUGUUUGUCUUCCCUGUCCACCCUUCCUCGCAAAAAAAAAAAAUCAUUGUUUUUAAUUAAACUUUAGGAAGGGAUUCCUUCAUGUAAAAUUUUGGGUGCAAUUAAUGUGUAAUGUAGAAAUCCUAAAAAACCGAUAACUAUAGUCCCGGCUGAAUGUUCAAACACCUAAUUUAACAUCGUGCUAAUCGCACACAACAUGAGUUGUGAGCCUACAAGAAUGAUACAUUUACGUAUAUGUAUCCAAAAUGAGAAGCCAUCCAAACGGUCAAACAUGCAACACCAGCAGAAUCUUGGACGAAAAUGUUUAAUUAUUUAGCCAGGGCUUUAGACAUCUCUCUGAAUAUGGAAUUUGAGCAUUUAGUUAUACUUUUGAAAACAAACAAUGCAAUUGUAAGCCUUCUUAUGUAUGCUUCAGAAUCAGAUUAAAAUUUCGAUCCCAUUUUUAUUUCAUUUUUUCUAUUGGUUGGAUAGUCAACUUUUUCUCGUCUACUCUCGACUCCUCUUUGACUCCGUUCUAUCUUCUUUCUCGACAGAUUUCAAAUAGACAGCGAUGGCAUAGUUCGCACGAUUACAUCGGGUCUACCUGAAAACAGAAUUUUCAACCUCAAAGUCAAGGCGAAAGAAACAGGUAGGUACAUAGUUCUGCAGUGACGGUGACUUCUCUGUCUGUCUGUCUUUCAUAUUACGAAUCAGAUAGACGUUUCUGAUGAAAUGCCCUUUUCACGGUCAAGUUUAAUGGGAACGCACUGAAGGUAUUGAAAAGCUUUUCCGCUGGAUUGUAUUGUCAUCGUAAAAACAUUUUUUUGUAUUCAGCAUCAUAAAAUAUCUGUGAUGAAAUGAAAUAAGAUUUUUUUUUAAUAUGACAAGAAUUUAACCUCUGGCUCAUUCCACACUUAUAAAUAAUUGCUUCUCGUCUAACUAGCUAUUAAAAAUGAGACAGACUAAGGAGAUGCGGCGUGCUCCCAAAACCUGUUCUGGAUAGUGAGUGUAGAAAUAAGUAUCUAGAAAAUUCUGGGAAGAAUGCCUAGUCAUGCUGACAUGCAUAUCAUGAAACUUUCAAGAACAUUUUACCAAGUCACGUAAUCAUAAUGUAAUGUCAGUGGUGACCUAAGAUGUAGACUGUUGUGGGCUUAGGUAAGUGUAUUAAAGAUAAUUACUGUACUGCCUUUGAUAAAAUUGUUGAGUUUGUAGUAUAGCGUUCUUUCUGUUGGUUAGAUUGUACCGUAACAAACCAUAUUUUUUUGCCGCAACUAAAACGUUUUUAUAAAAUAAUGACAUUGAAAAUGUUUUAAUACUGCGCAGGAUAACUUGUUUAUUCAAGUAUUUUUUCAAAUAUGCUUGAAACUCGAUUAAAGAGGAAGCCAUUUUAAAAUUUGCCUGGGAACAUGGGCUCUCGUCUGUAAUUUGGCGAGAUUUCAUUUUAUUAUCAUUUGUUUGGAUAAAUCGAAAGCUGUUUGAUGACAUAGAACCAACACGAAAAAGCGCAUUUUUGGCUGAAAUAAUGAGUUCUUGUAAGUGAGAACCAGAGCAGCAUCUACUUGUAAACCGCGCGUUGGAGUUUUGAGUGCGAGGCCUAGCUACCAAGCUGUUUCAAGUUGACAGUCUACCGGCAACUAUUGAACGGGAAGUUUAAAAUCAUAAUCUUUAGACACGGGGAAUACCACAUUUUGCUUUAGGUAUGCAAGAGCCAAAAAAUUCUUCAUAAUGUCAGGUGGUAAACUCUACGAUCAUACAUGAUGAACCAAAUGGUUAAUCCAAACAAUAACAUGGGUCGCAAGUGUAGAUGGUUAAUUUAGCGCUCAAAAGCAACACGAGAUGUCAUCCAAACUUCGCAGUUUCACUCACAUUGGAACAAAGUGGGUCCUAAUCUAUGUAUACUUUCCAUCUCACACAGGUACCGAUCCCCAACAAGAGAGGGAGGUGUCAUUGAAAAUCUCCGUGCAAAGGACGCCUUUCGUUCCGGUCGAGUUUAGCAGUAACAGUUACCUUCAAUCUCUCACUGAAGACGCAACCGUCGGCGCGUCAGUGUUCACCGUGAGUGCUUCGCGAUCAGGUUCAGACUCCGGAACCCUAACAUACUCCAUAGUAGGCGGAAAUCUGGACAAUGCUUUCAAAAUCGAUACCAGCAGCGGUAAGGUGACCUUAGCUAAGAACCUUGACUAUGAAACUACCAAGAAGUACAACUUGAUCAUCCGGGCAACUUUUGAUUUCUCCGAUGGAAAUAUUCCGGAUGUUGCAGCGGAGGUUACAGGCCAGGUUACUGUGCAGGAUGUUAAUGACAAUAGUCCCAGGUUUCUCCUUUACAACCGACCAACAAAAAUUGCGAUUGAGAGCUAUACACCAAGUGCCACGGAAGUGAUGAAGGUAAUUCAUUAUUUAUGUUAUUGAUACAAACGUAGACUCAGGUAUUAAUAAGUAAAAAGCCAUGGGGUAAAUUAUGACAGGACAGGACAAAUUGAUGCGGCACUGGAUUAAAACACUGGAGCAUAGACGAGAACAAUUUUUUUUUUUUAUAUUUAACAAUUUUUCGCUGGAGAAGAGAAUAUUGUUGAAUACUAUCCGAGAGGAAAUAUUCACUGAGCCUGAGGUGACUAAAUAUUUUUGGGUAAUUUUCUGCUGUUAUUAGAGCAAAGACGUGAAUUUUAUUUCAUUUCUCUGCUUCCAAGUUGUUAGGCAUCAGACAACAAUACGUAUUCACUCUUUCUUGUUAUUUAAUGACGAGCUGGUCCAUCGCCUAAUUGAUUUUCCAUUCAGAAACUAUAUAUGAUCGCGGUUCCUUUCUGUUAAAGAUACAGUUUAAAAUCUAUUUUCCCCAGGUGACGGCAACAGAUGAGGAUACGGGAAACUUUGGCUCUGUGUCGUAUAAUAUUCAUGACUCCGCAAGUAAUCCAUCCGUUGACAUUCCAUUCUCCAUAAACUCUGUCACAGGCUCGCUCAAGACCAACAGAGAAAUCAAGUAUGGUAGAAUAUAAUUUAUAUCAAUUAACAACCAUUUGGCUAAUCGUCGGAUGAACAGAAAAAAUGUACUUAAAUGUAUUCUGCACGAGAUUCUCUUUUUCAAACAAUCUGUGAUCUCGAGUCUGGUUAGGACCCUUUAUUUUUGAGCGCAUUCGAUAUAAAAAGCAAGACCAAAAGCGUUUCUUUCUUUUUACUGAUUUUUUAAAGAGUAGAAUUCGGGGAAAAGCUUCAGAAAUCGUAUUCAAAUUGGACUUUAGAAGCUGCUUCUCCUUCUCUGACUUAGUACUUCUUUGGUGUAUUUAGAUUUUCAGAAGGAAGCUUCUAUGCGAUAGUAUUAAGGGCUGUAGAUGGAGCCAGCCGAGAAACUGCCAUGACCAUUGAAAUAACAGUCUUGAAUAUCGGCAAGCCUCCGACAUUCAAACAAGAGGAGUACUUGAAAAGCGUUAGUGAGAAAAGUCCCGUUGGUACCAGUGUGAUCGACAUAAAAGCUGACCAUUACGACCACACUGCCCCAUUGAAAUAUGCAAUCAUCAAUGGUGACCCCGAGAACAGAUUCUGUAUAAACUACUUGGGUGUUAUUAGUGUGGCGCAGCCCCUGGAUCGCGAGAAGGUGCCAUCAUAUGAGCUCUCAGUAAUGGUGUCUCUAAAUAACAAAAACAGUACCACCGUUGUCAAAGUUACCUUGCAAGAUGUCAACGAUCACGCACCGUCUUUUGAGAAGUCAAUUUUGGUCAUAAAUGUCCCUGAAAAUGAAGGUUUGUUUUACACUGAUGAAGGAGAAACCCCCAUGCCAUAUGUAGUUUAAAAAUCAUUAAUUUUCCGAUACUUUCUGACCAACUUUCUUAGAAAUGUCCCCAAUCUUAAAAUGCCAUCGUAAGGUAUGUAAUGCUUUAGUGGAGCCUUCAGAUCGUGCUUCAUUUUCUAGCUGUGUCACAAAAUGAAGAACUCUUUUUGUUUUCGACUUGUUCCUCUUUUGUCAAAAACUCAAAAGACGCAGAAACUUAAUAAGGGUACACCACAGAGCGUUUGACUCAAUAUUUCAGGAAAAAGGGAAAAAUUAUAACUUUAAACUGUCUUGCAUGAUCCAAAAUGCUUCCAAAACUCAACUAAUAGUCUCUGGAUAAUACUAUAUGAAUCCCUGGAAUUCAGAAGUCACAGCAGUAUAUGGUUCUUUGGCAUCACAACCAGUGCUAACGCCCAAUUAUUUAUUUUUUUCACACCAGUCAAUCUCAAUUUAAAACGUUUGAAGGCAAUUGAUCAGGACAAUGGUGAUUACGGAAAAGUAACUUACUCCAUCAUACAGAGUGUCAGGAGUGACACUAAAGAGCUUUUUGAGGUAGAGCCCGAUAGCGGUUGGGUCAAACUGAAAAAGCCUCUGGAUCGUGAGAAAGCUGCUGAACAUGUGCUGUUCAUCAGGGCACAAGACGGUGCACAACCAGAACCACUGAGCGGUAAGUCAAUGAAGACUAUGUCUUGAAACUGUGAAGUCCCUUACGACCGCCUCACCACUGUCCGUUCCUUAGUAUUUGUUAUUUAAUAGUAGUAGUAUUAGUAUUAUUUAUUAAUAUUUGAGCCAUAAAUCGAUGGGAAACUCUCCGCUAAAAAAUAUUCUGCUUCAACCAUUUUUGAUCAUGUCAUGAGUUGGAGCGGUGGUAUGGCUGCCGAGAUUUGCGUUAUUUUUUUCAUGGCUCGCGUGGUUUAAUCUCAUCAGUCAAAUCGGUCAAAUCGAGUCAAACUCAAGGUAGAGGCAACAAAUUUAACUUAUUAAUUAUUGAUGUUUGGGUUUAUUUUUUUCAGAUAUUGUCAAGUUAAUUAUCCGAGUAACAGACGUAAAUGACAACAAACCACGUUUCUCUACUUCUUCUUACCAAGCCUCCAUACCUGCCAACCUCAAACAUGGAAGUAAAGUAGUCCAAUUAUCCGCCACAGAUCUAGAUAGUGGUGCCAACAGACUGUUAUAUUACACCAUAAAGGAGGGCAACAAGGACGGUAUUUUUGAGAUAAAAAAUGACAACGGACUUAUCACCCUAGGCAAUAAGCCUCUAGCGUCUGCACUCCAGGACACAUUCACUUUAAUUGUGGAAGCCGCCGAUGAAAAGGACAGAAAUAAAAAAGACGAAGCAACGUUGUUGAUAAAUGUGUUUCCUCCUGAUGGACCCCCGCGGUAUCCAGAUCCUUCGUUAAGUUUCGACAUACAGGAGGGAAUCUUGGCUGGACAGAAGAUCGCAUCAGCAGCCGCAGCCACCACAGAGUACGUCAUUUACACCAUACUGUCGGGUAACGAAGAUGGUGUGAUUCAAAUUGAUCCUUUCUCGGGGGAUCUAGUGACGGCUCAAGAGCUCGAUUAUGAAAAAGCCGAUCGGUAUGAAUUGCACGUAAUGGCGCAAGAUAUCAAAGGACGGAAAGCUGAAGUCAAAAUCACCAUCAACGUCAUAGAUAUCAAUGACAACAGCCCGUUCUUCAUCGAUGAGGUCAAAGGGAAGGUCGAUCAAAGAGGAACGGCAGGUGCUCGUGCAGGUGACGAAGUGGCCCAAAUAGUAGCAUACGAUCUAGACAAUGAGUCUUCCAUGAAGUACAAAUUAUCCCCUGAUGCAGAAGCUUACAUUGACAUUGACGACCAGGGAAUUAUUCGUGCCAAAAGAACUCUUGACGGUACUAUUCCCGGAAAGCGCUCCACUGAACCUUUAAGGACAUUAAAUUUCAAUUUAGAGGCUCGUGAUGGUGCCAAUCCACCGAAUUCUGUAACAACAUCUGUGCGCCUGGCAUUUACUAAUGACCAAGCAGGCCAAAACACUGUGGCCUUAAGGGUUAGGGAGGACACGCCGGUCGGUAAGGUUUUUGCCGUGACUCCCAGAUACAUUCCUGGUGGAAAGUUCUCCAUCUUGUACCCAGAAGAGACCCCUUUCUCUGUCGACGAGGAGGGCAGAAUUCAACUCAAAACGUCACUCGAUUUUGAAACUCAAGCGGUGUACACUCUGACAGUCCGAGAAGAAGCUUUUACUUCCAGUGGUCCCAUCUUCAACGAUAUAGACUUCGAGAUCUCUGUCGUAGAUGUCAAUGAUAACGAUCCCCGAUUUGAAUUGAGGCAAAGGCACGGAACAGUAAACGGUAACGCUCAGGCUGGUGCUUCGGCUUUGAAACUUUACGUAUCGGAUGCAGAUACUGAUGCGAAUGGACUUGCAGGUUACCAACUUGUCACCAGUGACGCUCCCUUUGGCAUUGACCCGUUGGAAGACACUCUAAAGGUUGGCGGCCCUCUAAUGAAGUCUCAGUACGACCUAGAGAUACGUUCAUUUGAUUAUGGAGUACCUCGACGCCAGAACAGCCCAUUAAAACUUCGAUUAGAUGUUGGACAACUGCCUCCAAGAUUUAUCGACUUUCACGACGAUGGGUACAAGUUUGAGGUGCCCGAAGACGCUAGGGGUGGGACUGUAAUAGGAAAGAUCCAAGCUUUAAGUGUCUCAGGUAGCAGAGUGGGAUAUGAGAUUUCAGAUGGAAACUCAGGUAAUAGAUUUCGAAUCAACAGUGAUGGUGAAAUCAUGCUCAAUUUUCUCCUGGAUUACGAGACACAAGCAAAGGAAUAUGAACUGCAGGUGGAGGCUAUCGAGAUGAUUCCUUCCGGUCUGAUCUCUUCAAUCGAUGUCAAAAUCUUAGUUUUGAAUGCUAAUGACCACCAUCCUAUGUUUGAACAAGGAUCGUACACGGCUACAGUGCCAGAAGACACGGCCUUCGGGAGCUCGAUAUUGACUGUAGCCGCUACAGACUGUGACUGUAGCCAGGAUUGCAGUUGCUCUUCAGGGCAGUUGAACUACUCGGUGAAAGAUACCGAGUAUUUCACAGUGGAUCCCGACACUGGAGUUAUAUCACCAGCACGUUCUUUGGAUUACGAACGCAUUGUAACACACAUAUUUCAAGUCCGUGCAUCUGAUCAUCUGAGGAAUAAAACGAACGUAGCUUUGGCGUAUGUAAAGAUCAAUGUUACGAACGUGAACGACAAUCAACCCAGGUUUGCAAAUCCCGAGUAUAGUUUCGCCGUCGACGAAGAUGCACAAGUUGGAAUAGGAUUAGCGGUGAUUGAAAUUCAUGACGAUGACCACGAUGAAAUUACAUAUUCCAUAGUCCAAGGGAGCAGCCCUUUCACAAUAGAUGCUAGAACUGGGGUCAUUUCUCUUUCACGAAAACUUCCCAGCAGUCCUUGGGAAUAUACGUUCACCAUUCGAGGAACGGACUCAAACGGAGCCUUCAGCGACGCAAAAGUUUUCAUGACCAUCAGGGAUAAGAACAACAAUCGACCAGUGUUCGAAAAGUGCGAGGACUCUACAGUGACAGAGAAUCUAUCCCCCGGACAAGUAGUUACCCAGAUUGUGGCUACAGACGUAGACAGGGGUUUAGGUGGAGAAGUAGAAUACAGUCUGGCGUAUGGCGAUGAAUUCUUUGAGAUUGAUAAUACCACUGGUGUGCUAAAAACCACUGUCACCUUCGACCGAGAAGAAAAAGCCGAAUAUAAAGUCGUUAUCAAAGUUGAAGACGGUGGGCAUGGUCGAAGCUCCUCUGAACGACUUCUGAGGUAUUGCAAGCUGGAGGUCAUCAUUGGAGAUGUAAAUGAUAACUACCCCUAUUUUCCAACGUGGACCUACGAAGGAAGCGUUUGGAAUAACGCCGAGAUAGGAACCUCAGUCAUGAGAGUUCACGCGUUCGAUUCGGAUGCAGGCGUGAACGCCAAUGUAGAAUAUCAUUUGGAACCCGAUGACAAGUUCGAGAUAUCAGAAAGGGGUGUCAUAUCAACCAAAGUGUCACUGGCAUCUUUUACGGGAAAAAUGACAUUAACUGUCUUACCUUCGAAUACGGAGCCGAUGACUGCUGGUGCAGAUAAUAGUGCGGAUCGGAGUACAAAUAUUGAAAUCUUUGUCUCAGACCUUCCACCUCCGGAGUUUACGAAGGCAAUAUAUACCGCUUCAGUCCAGGAAAAUCAAGUUGCAGGUAAGUGGACAAAACAGAAAUCCCAUCAUUCCCAUUUUCCCUGCAAUCCUUCAAUCAUUUCCGUGGAAUAAAUAAAAAUGUAUUUUGUUCAUUUCUUUAUUCUUAAGGUUAUUUUACAUAGAUGGUAAGGAAACUUCAAGAAGUUCAUCAUCAAGUGCGUUUUGAUCUAAUGUCACACGAGUUUUCAUCUAAGCUGAUACUUACUUUUGGCAAUUUUUUUCUGUUUAAGGUCGUGAUUGUGACCAUCAGUAAUUGGCCGUUGUGUUUCAUUCUGGUUUUCCUUGAUUCUCUUAGUGGUCGUGACCUGUAAACAGUUUCAAGCAUCUCGUUACCACACGCUCAAAGGCAACCCCUUGAUUUGAUUUAUUUUAUUCAGUUGCCGGUGUUACAGACGAAUUAUCUUUACAUCAUAAACAUGUAACUGAAAUGUUUUUAAGUAAUUGAAAUGUGAUUUCAAAGUGUGGCUACUUCUGUAAUCGGAAAAGGUCAGAAUAAUUGUACAAAUCACGUUUGGUCGACUAUGGUCAUUAAGUGUUGGGAGAGUAGGCUUUUUCAUAAAAGAUUUAAACUUGCAUGGCUUAACUUAAACGCAACGUUUUUGUCCUGUAAUCUAUCUGCAGAUACGACAGUCCUAGCAAUUCAAGCAGUUUCUAAAAACAACCAACCGUUAACAUACACUCCCUUAUUCACCUGGCAAUUUGCCUCAGAGUUCUUUCACAUCAAUCCUCAGACUGGAGAGAUCAAGACAGGUGGUAAGGCACUUGAUUAUGAGGAGCUUAAGAUAUUUCGUAUGCAGUUCAAAGCAUCCGAGAGCAAGACACUUUUUUCCACUUGCCUCGUGGAGAUUCGGAUCACUGAUGUCAACGACAACACCCCAAUAUUUGGAACGGAGUUUUACGAGGGUAGGGUUCUCGAGAAUUCUCCGCCGAAUUCGGAGGUCCUUCGAGUGCAUGCGUACGAUCCGGACACUGGAGGUGGGGGACUUUUGACUUACUCCAUCAUUGAAAGCGACACUACCGAUGGAAAGUAUUUCAGUAUUGACUCCAGCACUGGACUUAUAAGAACGAAGGAAACAUUUGACCGCGAGGUUGCUGAUGAAAAGCACUUCACUGUCUUAGUCGAAGCUAGAGAUAAAGGAGGCAAGUUUGGGAGGAGCUAUGUUGAUAUCGAAGUCGUCGAUGACAAUGAUGCGGGGCCAGUGUUUGCUACAACUCAGUAUUCUCUGAGCGUCAGGGAAGAUGCUGAGUUGGGUUGGAUUUUGCACUCCUUUACCGUGCAAGAUAUUGAUGUUGGUCUUAACUCUUUAGUAAGUUUUUACAUCUCGUCUGGAGAUGUAAGACAUGCAUUUCAUCUGGAGACAGUGUACUAUCCUCAAAAUGUUGGGCAGCUCAUUGUCGAUGAUAAGCUUGAUUACGAAACUGAUAAGGAGUACAAUCUGAAGAUCAUCUCUACAGACGGAAGAACAACAAGUCAGCCGCCAGCAAGGGUUAGAAUCGAGGUAUGAGCUUGACCUGUGUUUGACCUUGAAGCAGCUUUCAAUUAAGUAGCGUUGAAAGCUGUCGUUGGCAAAUAACAAAGAGUAUAUAAAACAACAACUAAAACCCAUGGCCUCUAAAAAUCGCUUCAGCCAAUCGUUAGACGGUCUCGCCUUUGUUCACAUGGAAAUAAACAAUGAACCACAUUCCUGCCAUCUAAUAUUCAUUUUUAGUAAAGUAAAUUAAGUCUAUGAACCACAUUCCUACCUUCAAAUGUUCAUUUUCAGUAAAGUUAAGUAAGUCAUUUUCAGUAAAGUAAGUCUUGUGUAGGUAGAUAAAGGGAAGCUUUAGGUGCUACGACCUUUGUCUAAGUUAAUUUCACUGAACUAAUUUUUUACGUUACCACGUUUCCACCACUAACCUAGCUCCAUUUUGCUGUAUACAAACCACACAAAAUAUCCACACUGAAACGUCAGCUCUAGAAAUUCUUUACGGUGGCCAAUUUGAAUUAUCAACUCAGUUGAUACAACCAAAUAAUCUUGUAAUACCUACCACCGGCGCAGCACCACAGUUUCUUUUAAUUUAAUCCCUUUCAUCAAGUUAAAUUUGUUCCACGUAGGUACAAUGCUGAUUAGCUCCAACCUACCUAGACAGAAAAUAACAACAAUUGAACUUUUUUCCAGGUUAUAGACGUUAACGACAAUGCCCCGGUGUUCAAUCAACUUCGUUAUGAUGCAACUGUGGUGGAAGGCAGUCCAGGAAGCCUGCUUGUGGUGACAGUAAGUGCUACUGACAUCGACACGACUGGCGAGACUAUUUCUUACUUCUUAGACAAACAGGGCGAGAUGUUCUUCACGAUUGGUCCAGAGAAUGGGGAGAUACGUACUAGUGGGAGACCGCUGGACAGAGAGGAAACGCCUGUGUUGUAUUUCAAUGUCCAGGCUACUGACGGAAUUUUUAUUGGAUCUGCAGGUGUAAAGGUGUGAUGUAAUUUAGUUUAAUAGGAAAAUAGAGAUCUAAAACAUUACAACAAUGCUAAGGAAACAAUGAAUGACAACCGCCACGACUUGACUAUCAAUAUUUCUAUCCCACAAUACAAUACAAGUUUAAUUUUGUCAUACGCUCAACUAUUCUGAUGUGACAUAACGUAAUGAAAUGACACACCAGCUAAUUUACAGGUAUACCAUAUGAAUUGAAAUUGAAUUUGAAAGUACAUACUUUAACAUGGAACAGAAUUUUAAAAAGUUUGAGUCAGGAUCCUAAAAUACGAUUUAGAACAAUUCCACGUUAUGCUAAGAAGUAAAAACGGUAGUCGUACAUACAAUAAUAUAAAAAUAAGUAAAAAGUUAGGCACAUACUGAAAUGAUGUGCAUAAGAAUGUUCUUGGCGAAUGUAAUUGUUUAGGUUAAGUGAUAGUUGAUAGAGGGCGUAAUUCAGUAAAUUAUCGUGUUUGUGUAGUGUAGUGGAGCUGGUAAACAGGAAUCCAGUUUUUUGAAAGCGUACGUUUAUUUUUUUUUUUGUGUAAUCCCUAUCUUGAUUCACACCUUUCAUUUUCACCCUUUAAAUUCGCUUGCAGAUCGUUGUUCUCGAUAUCAAUGACAAAGCACCCUACUUUCCAAGUCCUCCAUAUAUUGGUACUAUCGAGGAAAACAACCCUCCGGGCACAAGUGUGAUUGUCGUACAAGCUAUCGACGAAGAUGACCCAAAAGAGAAUGGGAACACCGACCUAACCUACUCUCUAGAUGACGAUAGUGACGGGCUCUUUGUGAUUGACAGUACAACUGGGCUCAUAUCCAAUACUAUGACCUUUGAUAAAGAAGGGGACCCGGACGAGUACAACGUCACCGUGAGGGCGACAGACAAUGGGACUCCACGACAGCUUAGCGGCACAACAGUGGUAACUAUCAGAGUAGUAGACGCCAACGACCAUAAACCGAUAUUUGAACCUUUGGAGUAUAGAGCGUCUGUCCCGGAAAACGCAUUUCCCGGAUUCUUCGUGACACAAGUUAGCGCUACAGAUAUAGAUUUGGGCUUCAACGGUAAAUUUGAGUUUACCACGGUGUCUGGCAACGACCCCUAUGCGUUUUACAUCAACCCUGCUACUGGUGCGAUAUUGGUGUCGGGAGAGUUAGACUAUGAAACACGAUCAAGUUACACUCUGAAGAUAAACGUAUCCGACCUAGGUAUCCCCCAACAGACGUCUUCAGAGCUUGCUUCCGUGUUCAUCACCAUCAUAGACGUAAAUGACCAUCCUCCGAUCUUUGUGCCAGAUACGUACAGCAUAUCCAUUAACGAAGACGAACCCGUUGGUUCUUCUUUACUAAGUUUGGUGACUAACGAUCUUGACAAGGGCAUUGAGACAAGGCUGUGGUUCACGGUCGAGUUUGGAGACUCAACUGACAGCUUUGACGUCAGACCUGAUCCAAAUAAUCCUAGUAUAGGUAUUUUAUACAUAACUGCUCCCCUAGACCGAGAAACAGUCAGCAGUUACAAGCUGGAGAUAAAAGCCGAAGAUGCUGAUGAACUCUUUGCCAUUUGCUUCGUGACAGUAACAGUACUGGAUAUCAACGACAAUGGGCCGCACUUUAUCCCUCCUAUCUUCUUCGGCAGCAUCGUCGAAAAGGUGUCUACAGCGCAGUUUGUUGUGACGCUUAGUGCUUUUGACCCGGAUGAACCGUUUAAUGGACCACCGUUUGAAUACAAGAUACUCAAUGGAACGGUACAGGGGAAUUUUUAUAUAGAGCCAAGUUCGAAGACCAGUACCACUGCCGAUAUCUACUCAUCGGCUUCAUACCAAUUCAUCUAUGAAGAGAAACAAGAAUGGAAACUGUGGGUACAAGUAACGGACAAUGGCAAUCCUGCCAUGUCGAACAUAACUGUAGUCUACAUCGAGGUUAAAGAUUCUGUCAAUAACAACGCCCCUUUUAAUGCCACAAUGACGAUCAUUUUAAACUCGUAUCAGGGACGCUUUGCGGGGGGAGUUAUAGGAAAAGUUUACUACAGAGACAACGACUUUGAAGUGGAUGAAAACGGCUACACAAUUACGACGCAGAAUCCAGGAUCGUUUUUCACUUUGGAUACAAACACGGGCCAACUCUCUGCGCCGGAAAAUAUUCCUGCGGGUAACUACGGACUUUUCGUACGUGUAACAGAAAAAAACAGAAAUCAGGCGUUACCACCCAAAGUUGUGUUCUCAGGCAUAACUGUUAUGGUUCGAAAUAUUUCACAAGCUGCCGUACUAAAAAGCACCACAAUACAGUUCGUGCAAAUCCAUAAAAAAGCUAUUUUCGUUGGUGAUUACUACUCGAAGCUUGUAGGAGUACUUCAAGAAAUUUUUAGCAACAAUGGUGGAGACUUCUUUGUACAAUACUACGUUUAUAUCUUCAGUAUACAAAUUGAUACAAACGACCCACAAGCUAUAAAUGUACAAUUAGCGGUAAACACCCCUAAAAACGAGUAUUGGAGUACAACUGAUAUACUGACGAAGCUGAUAGAGAAGAGAUCUUCACUUGAAAGUAUCGGUAAGAUUUAAGUUGAAUUCCGUUUUGUUUUGAAAUUUUAGCAUUGAUAAAAGCUAUAUUUUUGAACAUAUCUAUUUGCUUCAAAUGUUACAUUCACAUUUCGGUUAUUUUCAGGGCUAACUGUAAGCACCUUCGGUAUUGAUACAUGCGCAAAAGAAUACAACAAAACUGGUAUCUGCCGGAACGUGGUGAGCGCCUUCACUACGUUUACAGUGAUCAGCGGCGACUAUGGUCAAUUACCUGCACCUGACACCUCUCUCACGUUUGUAUCAAUCGAUGUGAAACUUGAAGCAAAAUACUUUUUCUUUGAGAUUAAACCUGUUCUAAGAUGCUCAGAUAAGCCUUGUUUGAAUGGUGGCAUAUGUCAUGACGUUCAACCAGAAGGUAAGUGAUACAGUCACAUUCAUCAAAAAUGAUCAUUGAUGGAAGUUUAUCCCUGUGCUAUGAUGUAAGUCCCAUGCUUGAUAGGGUCGAAUAGACGUAUGUCGGCCUAGGGAAUACCUCCUAUGUGAGGACGAAGCUACUCCCUAUAAUUUUUGGCUACAUGAAAUUAUUUACUGGCUGAAAUGUUUGUAAAGAAAUAAUUGGCAAUGAGAAAGCCAUAUCUCUUUAAUUAUUGACGAUUUCAAUGUUGGGGAUGGCACUCUUGAGGUCCGACGGGCCCCAAGACACUAACAAAAUUGCCAAAACUUCACAUCAUUUUCGGUUCUUUCCAAAUCUGAAAAACAUGAAGUUGAUAUGUUAGCCGAUUUUAGAAUAAAGCAGACAGCUACUACCCCUAAAGAACAAUGAUCGUAAGCCUUAGGACAAUAAAAGUAACUGAAGCUUAUCACAUUUGCGGAAAAUAAAUUUAGAUAUCUGACACGUAAACUGCGUUUCCCUAGGGAUUAUUUGCCAAUGCAAGCAUAAGUUCGCCGGGCUAGUUACUGGGCCUCUUUGCCAAGAAACGACUCGCACGUUCGAGGGAGGCCUGGGAGAAUCAUACAUCUGGCUUGAAAAGCUUGUGGCUUACGACAGGAAUGUUGUACAGCUGGAAUUCACCACAACAGUUGCAGAUGGUCUAAUUCUUUACCAAGGGCCAUUAUUGGAAGGUAUGCGCUUUUCGCUUAGUUCUUUUGCAAAACUGGUGCAGAAAAAAUCAAAUCAACACGUUAUAGGUACAAGUAAUUCUUGUUCUUUAGCCAUUUCAAGUUUAUUGAAGCACAAAUCAUGCCUCAACAAGCAUAUCCAGCUGUCAUCGUCAAGAUGAUAACAAUUAUCCUUAAAAGAAGACUAUAUUACCUGUAACUAAGCACUAAUAGAUGAACAAAACAAAAUUUAAGAAAAACAAAUUCAUUGGAAAGCGAAAAAAAAUACGUUUGCCCUUUGUUUCCAAUUUUAAUCUGAUCUCUUGUUAAUUUCAGUUUCAUUGCGAGAAAAAUUUUUCUAACUUUUUCAUAGUGGGCGUCGGUCAGCCUCGUGAUUUCCUGGCCAUUGUUUUGUUUGGGGGCUUCAUUCGUGUCGUCGUAUCAUUGGGAUCACAGCCUUUAACUUUAACGAUGUCGCGUGGUCCUCGACUGGAUGAUAGUCAAUGGCAUUCUAUUGAAGUGCGUCAAGAGUUGAAGGUAUAAGAUUGCAUUUACACUGAAGUACAACAUUUCAUUACCAAGUUCACUUGGCAGCGAGAAUUGCUCCCUGUUUUCUUCCAAGAUGAAAUAGUUUUUUGAAUGAUAGUUGUCAUGGAAUAACUGCAAGUAAAAAAUUUUCUUUGACCUUUUCAAAUUUUGUUGCCAAGUAUUAAGUUCAAUCAUCUAAAUAGGGAAACUUUUAGUUCAAGUAGAUUUCCUUGACAACUUUUUUCGCAGUUUAAUUAGCAAGAUAUUACAAUUUUUCCUUUUCAAGUUUCGUUGUCCAUUAUCUGAAUCUGGCAGUAUUUGAAAAAUAAUAUUUUUCAAGGGCGUUAAGUUAUUUCAACUCGAUUUGCAAUUUGGAAUUUCGGAGGAAGGCGAACCCAGGGAAAAAAAUAAUUGAGGCACGAAUCAAAAUUAACAACAGUCUCAACCAACGAAUGAUACAAGGUCCGAAGAAUCGGACCGCCACCAAUGUCUGAAGCCAGGUUCGAGAUUCGAAACAGGGCCACGGGCAAGGCUCUCGUAGCUGCGCCAUUGCUGUUCAGCUCAAGUCAGUCUCAAUGAGUAACAUGUAGUCAUGUUUCCACAGACGUUUACAGUCAUUAUUGACCAAUGCAAGAACGCACGUUUGAUACAGCUUGGGGAUCAGUUGGUGGAGGAUGAAAGCGAGUGUAAAAUAUCAGGAAAUGUCAGAGGAACCGAUGUGUAAGUAUUUUUAUGAGAGGGAAAAAUUUCUACGAAGAUUGCCGAAGAAUUCCCGAAGACUGUCGUAAGUCACACUUGUGUUUUGGGAUUUAAUAUUUUCGAAGAUCAACAAUCUUCCUAUAAAUCUCCGAAGGUUACUUCUCUUCCAAAGAUAAAAAUAUCAUUUUUACUUACUCUCGACUUAUAAUUUUUGUUCUUUCAGUUUCCUGAACAGUAUUUGGCCACUUCAAAUUGGAGGGGUGGAAAACCCGCAAGUUUCAUAUCCAGACCUCAAUUACACGGGUUUUGUGGGAUGCAUACGAAAAAUUAUCAACAAUAAACAUAUGUACGAUCUCAAGAACCCCAUCAAAGUGGUCAACUCUCCCGAAGGCUGCACCUUGGCUCUCACCGCUUGUUCGUCUUGUAAUAACAAUGGAUACUGUGAACCGUACUUGGACAAGGAGAGCGUUUGUGUAUGUGAUGUAGGGUAUUCUGGAGACGACUGCUCGGCAUGUAAGUUAUUUCUGUUAUAAAAAUUUUUAAAAAAUACUUUCUACUCAGUGACGAAAGUAAUCUAAGUUGCAUUAGACUUUUCUGCACCACGCUCUGACUGAUCUAAAAGACUCGCGCAUUUAUUUAUUUACCAUUUACUCGUUUUUUCUUCCACCGACUCCUGUUUGCUUAUUUACUCUUUGAGUUCCUUUUCCCUGGUGUAUGCCUUUUCUUUGUUCUGAUUCUGGCUAGUCGUGGUUACGUUAUAUAAUAAGUUUUAAAAUUAAAACACCCAUUUGAGGUCGCCCUAUUUCUAUGUUGUACUGAGUCUGUUUUAGAAGCUCAAAUGUCACACAGAUCAUAAAAGCAGAGCUUAUUAAAUCAAUGCCAUUAUCUCUGGCUAGUCUUUUCAGCAUUCUCUGACCCUCCCUUGAAGGAGAAAAGAUAGCGAUGAGUAUUGGUUAUAAUGUUGAAGAUGAUGGGAUUUUGAUACGUAUAUCUAGCCAAGGAGAUUUUUCGAAGAGAUAAAUUAUGAUAAAACCGUUUUUAAAACCUUGUAAAUAAGAGGAAGCUAACACACUGUCUUCAGGAAAUCACCCGGAACUUUUCAUUGUUAGGACGGCGACACCGAUUGAGCCAUCUAGUAAUGAACGAUUUAUAAAUUUUUAUUACUAAGUGUUGCAAGUGGCUCGAUGUUUUACCGUCGUCAAUGGGGUCAAAGUUUCUCUUUUGAGGUUUUAGUUUAGUUUCAAGUAGAAAACAAAAUAGUUGGUUGUGGGGGUUCCCGUUUCAGAGUACCCAAAAUGCGAAGAUUUCACGUUCAAAUUACAUCAGAGAAAUAUACACCAUUUUAAAAUAAACUAGUAACACUGCUAUUCCGGUUAAUGACUUACUUUUUUUUUUCAUCACCUUGCCUUUACCGUCACCAUUAUUGUUUGCAUAUGGUAUCUAAUAUUUGAUACUUAUUUUCCUUUUUCCACCGUAUCCAGCGGCUGUUGGGAAUUACUACUUGGAAAACAGUUACUCCCAGUAUUCCCUAUCAGCCUGGGAUUCAGCAGCAGCAUCGUCAUCAUCAUCGUCUUCUUCUUCCUUUUCGUCAUCGUCUUCAUUUUCAUCAUCGUCGUCAUCGUCAUCAUCAUCUUCGUCGUCAUCGUCAACCUCGUCAAGGAGAAGACGAGAGGUUGCUCCAGCGCCCCAAUCAGUGACGAGUGAAUAUUUCACGAACAUUGCCUUGAAAGUCAAAGCCUCGACAAGUACCAACACCAGCCUCGUAUUCCUGGCCACUAACAGCCUCGGAACCGAAUUUGUCAGGAUUGGCGUAAGUACUGAAUCCAUUUCAUCCCAAGACUUGCUGCUCACGUAGAAAUGCGGGUCUGCCGGCCUAUUCAAUUUUCUUUGUUUAGUCCCUGAUCAGAGAGGAAAUGAUCCAAUCAAGUGUUGUUCCGUAUGUGAAAAUGGAGAGCAAAGUUUGUGCUUAGGAAAGUGUGCAGCCUCCUAUGAAUGUACACUAAAAAUAAAAUUGCGGAAAAUCGCGAAACGUUAAUAACUUCAGUGCAGUUGAUCUACGACACUUUCAAUACCAAGAGUUAAAAUCCAGAAAUCAUAUGAUUUUUUCCUCCCCAUUGAAAAUGAUGAUGAACAAUUUUCUGUUAAAUUCUAGGCUCCAAAUAGUCAGUUCUCAACCGUUCGAAAACUGUUUUGAAAUAUUUAAUCGACUGCAAACGCCGCCAUUUUGAAAAAAUAAAAACAAACCAGGCAACCUGGUCGCAAAUACCAGUCCACAUAUUUAGCGCAAUUUACAUACAGCUGCUACCCUGUCCAUUGCAAAAAGGAAUAAUCGUUUGGGUCAUUAAUAUGCUUUUGGGUGGCCCAUAAUUGCUCAAGCGCAUUGAUAAGAGAAGAAAAUCAAAAUGACUUAAGUUACACCACAGAUAAGUAGCCAGGUUGCAAGGCAAGAUUCAAAGUGGCGGCGUAUGAAAUCGAAUUUGAAGACAAUUUGCGAUUGGGGCAGUUGACAAAAUUUGACUCUCUUGUUUAUAGAUAUUGAACCAUGUACUUCGUUGUGUGUUCAGACUGGGAAGUAGGACAAAAGUCCUUUCGCUUCCGAACGUAAACAUCACCGAUGGUAAAACACACAUUGUCAAAGUGGAAAGAGUGGGUAACUACGCCACACUACAGGUUGACUACGCGGGGAAGGUGGAAGGAAGUACGGGAGGAAGCAGCAAUCUGAUGAAUUUUGGUGGCGGGGCUCUGUUUUCCGGUGGUACCCGCCGGCUGACCGCGAUGCUUGUGAUGCGAGCGAUUGUGAAAAGCAACGGAAAGGCUAUUGUGCAAACGGCAGACGGCGGCCUCAUCUCGACUUUUACGUCCUUCUCAGGGUCUUUGUACGGAGUGAGUUUGAUAACUAUCGGAAAAAAGGGUGGUGUUACGGUCAAAAUAUUGAAGAAUGCGACCCUUAUUAGAAUGUACCAGAAACACAGCAUUCGAUCUGUGUAUAAUUCAAGUGCAGGGAAAGUAGUUUUGGGAAGCGCCGGUGUAAGUGUUUCCGAAAUUCGAGUUAGUAACAGCAGCGCGCAGAGUGUUCAUCGGAUAUUACAACGAAGAAAUCAACAAAGUUCUGGAGAUCCGAGAGCGAAGGCUGGUCCUGGUGCUAAUGCGGUGGUCACUGGUGGCAAACUCAGUUCCGUGGGUGACUAUGGAUCGAGGCUGAAGCUGAGGCAGUCAACAGAAGGAAAGAGAAAUAGGUCGGACGUCGAUGAAUCUUACGCAGGUUAGUAUAUUUACUAAGGUCAAGGUAGAGACGUUUCCCCUCCCCACCACCCCCGUAAGGUGAUUAUACAUUUACAGUAACUGGUCAAGAGCAAUUUUCAAAAUCAGUAAAUGUGGUUGAUACACGUUGGUCGCCAUAUACAUCGGAAUUGACACAUAUUGAGUCAAAAAAUCUUUCAUAAUCUUUGUGUUUCACCGAGGGAAUAACUGCAACCUCUUUUACGCUUUAAACCUGGUUUAACUUGAGUUUGCAUGGUAUACAUCCACAAAUCAAACUGAAAAAAUAUAUCGAAGAUAAUAGAAUAAAACAAUGUUGUGUUCUUGCGCUGGUGAAGAACAGAGAAACAAGUUUGACUUCUCUCAAAUUCGCUCGUAAAAUUUUCAUAGAUUCUCUCUCUAAAUUUAUCUUAUCCUUUGUGAACUCUUAGGCUGCAUCCCACAAAAUCGAUUCAAUGAUAUCGACGUAGACCAUGAAGGAAGUCCAGUGACAGUCGAGCGGCAAAAUGUUAUAUUUGGAUGUCCUUGUGAAAAGGGAGACUGCGCCAAUAACGGAACAUGUUUAAUAGAUACCACUUCGCCACUGGUGAAUGUAUGUAAAUGCGCUGAGCCUUGGACUGGACUUCGAUGUUAUGAAAUCGUAGAAGACCCUGGAGGUGGAAAAACUCAACGUGAGUAUUUUUCAUGUCUAUUUUGUGAAACAUAGAUAUAGAAUAACUGAUUCAUCUCGACGAACAGGCGCACUAACUUAAAGGGUAACCAAGAAGAAACGAGCGGUGGAGCAAUUGAACAAGCAUGUAGAAAUGAACGAGCAAACCAAAAAAAAGAACAGUACAUAUUGAAGAAAGGAAUUUUUAGAUAUAAACAGGUAGUUGGCCUCUAUCAUGAAGGGAGGAAAUAAUUAAUUAUCGUUGCAUCUUAGAAUGGGUGAAAUGCAUACCCAGUGCUUAGCGAGCUAGCCUCCGGUUGAAAAGGUUUGGGUUCGGGCUCUGAGGGUUCAUUACGUUUUACAGAUACUUUGACGGUGAAUUUCUCCUCCCAAGGAUAUUAAAAGGGAAUAGUAAACUGUCGGUUGAAGGGGGGGGGGGGCGGUUAGCUUGUAGCCUGUGUCACGCUUGGGUCAGUGGAGAAAAGGGAAAAAGGGGCCGGGAGAUAGAUAAACAUCCCAUCAGUGGGAUAGCAACUUUUUUAGCCAUUUAAUACGAGAGAAAUUGGUGGUGUGGGAUCCCUUUGCUCGGGAGCAGACCUAAUUUUACUUUAUCAUUCACUACUUCAGCGAAUACGCCUGCUCCGCCAGCGUGGAACUGGUUAGCCAUAUUAGCUGUUCUUCUCCUUCUCCUUAUCGCACUGAUCCUGCUUGGACUUUAUCUACUGUGGAAAAGGUGUAGGGAAGAUGCCACAGACGCAGGAACAGGACCAGCUAAGGCGGCAGUGGCUCCUACAGGACACGGGACAGUCAGGCCUUACUCUGCUGGGGCGGGGGAGAUGGACAGUACUGACUAUGAUCUACGUCAUUUGAUGAAGUACAUGUACACCGAGAAGACUAUAGGAAGCUCGGAUCUUGAGCAUGUCCAUGAGCAUGCCAAUAUUCGCGUGUACAGAGACGAUGGUAUCCGAGGGACAGACAACCUUCAUUUUGACUUAAGGCAAUUAACAUCUCACAGGUAAGUUGUUGACGUUACAACAUUGAAGGGAGACAAUUGAACGAUAAUUAAAACGAGGAUAUGCAUCACAGCGGUUAGUCGGUCCCUUCGGAAACUCAGAAAUUUGCUCGUUGAAAAUUAUUUGAAAUAUCGCAUUUUAGGGCGAACGAAAAGUAAGAUGGAUAAGUGGGAAAGGUAUUAAAGCGGUUUCGGAUAGCGAUGACAAACGCUGCCUGUGUUCGGCGAAAUCCUUUACUUUUUAACCAUCAUUCCUAUUACCUGUGGUUCUCAAUCCUUGCACAUCGUUGUUUUUAUCUCGUAUCCACGACAAAAGUUGACUUUGUUCCCCUUUCAAUAAGAGAGAUACUUCAACAACCAUAUUCAAGACGACAUAUAAAAUUAUGACACUGACCGCGUCUAGAGAAACCUUAUCCUUCGAAAGUUGGUUGCCGUUUUCAAUUCUGACCUGACUAAGUCUCCCUUCGUCUAGCUCUUACAGCGAAUUUUAAGGCAAUUAGAGGCUGCACAAACGAGCUUUCAACUCAAAUAUUAGCCUUUUUUUCAUAAAAAAUUUGAACCGCGCUUUCGGGUUUUCCAUAUGAGAUCAGGUUACUGAGUUAUUUCAAAAUGGUGGCGUGCACGAUUGAAUUGUUUUAGACAAUUUUCGAGCUGUUUGGUCACUCAUUCGGAUCUCGAAAGUGAUAAAGCGUGAAUUCUUAAAUACUCUUUUAACAACUAAGGUAACUGAUCUCAUCAUUCCACUGCAGACAUCACGUGAUUCAAGGUGGGACGAACGUAAAUGACACUCACCUAGGAAUCGGUAACCAAGGCUUCCACGGUUCAAUGCCCAUGGUGACGUCACAUCUUCAUACAAAAAUUACACGACACGUGGUACGCGCCGACAGUAAUGUGUCGCUCUCACAUGACGAAGUGAACUCCUUUGAAGACGAAGGAGACGAUUCUGACGUGGAUGACUUAAGUGAGAUUGGCAGCGGGGACGACGCAGACUGGGACCUACCGGAGGACUCUUGGGAGCAUCAUUUUGUACAACUUCGUGACGGAAACUAACAUCGACAUAAUGUUCAUUUUUUUAUCUGCAUUAGAUACAUUUUGACCUGAUUAUAAGGUGGUUGACAAAACAGAAAACGUGCAACACAUCCUCGAAAUACGCAGCAGAAUAUCGGUCACAUUGUGAUUUGCUACAAGUUUUGUCCCUGAUUCAGUGAACUGUUUCCUGGAAUUAAACAAUCCGGUCAUUAAUGAUCAAUCUCACAUUUUUUUUUUCCGUCGAAAAAUAUGGUGGAUUACAAUCAAAUCUUUGCUCGGUUGAUAUAUUUUGCUCAUAAAAUUCAAUUGAAUAAUUGCGG